AUUUUACAAGAACAACCAAGUUUUGUGGCGGAAGAUUAUGAAGUGUUCCAAAUUUUGGGAAACGAUGAUCCUAAAGAAAGGAAAGUUAGAGCCCUCGCGGAAGAGAGGUCAUUGUUCAUUCAUUCUUUUGAUGGAUAUAUUAGCUAG